UGUUAGGAAUUUGGCUGAAGUCCAAAACACCUGGAGGGCACAAGUUUGACCAUACCUGGUAUAGAUGCAUCUGGUGGUUUUUUGUUUUGUUCUCAAUCUGGCGGUUGUAGGGGGGGUGUUAGAGGGGUCGUGGGAGUUAUGUGUGUCAAGAUUGGUUGAAGUCCAUCGUUGGUGGAGUUCAGGAUGCUCUUUGAUUGUAGGUGAACUAUAAAUCCCAGCAACUACAACUCCCAAAUGUCAAGGUCUAUUUCCCCCAAACUCCAGAAUUGUUCAAAUUUGGGCAUAUUGAGUAUUCAUGCCAAGUUUAGCUCACCAAAUCUUUCUAGUAUUUUCUGUUGGCCAUGGGAGUUCUGUGUGCCCAGUUUGAUUCAAUUCCAUUGUUGGUGGGGAUUCGGAAUACUCUUUUGAUUGUAGAUGAACUAUAAAUCCCAGCAACUACAACUCCCAGAUGACAAAAUCAAUCCACCCCCAACCCCACCAGUAUUUAAAUUUGGGCGUAUCCGAUAUUUGUGCCAAAUUUGGUCCAGUGAAUGAAAAUACAUCCUGCAUAUCAGAUAUUUACAUUACGAUUCAUAACAGUAGCAACAUGACAGUUAUGAAGUAGCAAUGAAAAUAAUGUUAUGGUUGGGGGUCACCGCAACACGAGGAACUGUAUUAAGGGGCCGUGGCAUUAGGAAGGUUGAGAACCACUGUUCUAGAGGGAUAGGGUCAUCAAUAGUCAUCAUCAACCACCUUGAAAAGUAACAUGACUUUUUUUUUUAUAUCUCACUAGCUGUGCCCGGCCACGCGUUGCUGUGGCAUUGUCUGGUGGUGUUGGUGAGAAAUUGUUGAGGUAGUGGUGGUAUUGAAUGUCUGUUGUAUGGUUGUCUUUAUGUUUAGUAUGCACACUGAAGUGGAUUAUAUGGCAGUGUGGAGUCAAGAUAAUCCAGUUCAAAGCAGAUAAUAUAAGAUUCUAAAUGGGUUAUAUAGCUGUGUGGAAGGGCCUUGAGUCUACACUGCCAUAUAAUCCAGUUAAAAUCUGAUAAUCUGUGGAAGAGGCCUAAGUGAGGCCUAACUGUGCCUGUCCCCUGGGCUGAGUAGGUUGCUAGGAGACUAAGUGGGCGGAGCUUUGCCUUCAAACUGGCAGCAAUUGGAUAAAAACUGUUAUUCCUCUCCCUGUAAUUAGGACUUUAUUUUUCUUUUCUUUUUGUUGUAUCAACCUUGAGGCGUGGAUGAUGGGUUGUGUUGUCAAAUUUCGAGGUUGGGGGGCCUGUACUUUUAUUGUUUUGUGAAUUGCCGUGAUGCCAUCACUCUUUUAUAUAUAUAGACUAGCUUGGGGGACCCGGCGGUGCCCGGGUUGUUAGAACAGUGGUUGUCAACCUGUGUGCCCCCAGGUGUUUUGACCUACAAGUUCCAGAAAUUCCAGCCAGUUUACCAGGUUUUAGGAUUUCUGAGAGUUGAAGGCAAAAACAUCUGAGAAUCACUUCAUUAGAAGAAGAUAUUUUUUUUUUGUUUUGGGUUGUUAGGUAAUAUUACUGAAGUGUGGUUCAGUACUGGCUGGCUUCGUGCCGUCUGGAUAAUAGUGAACUACAACUCCCAGAUUCCCAGAGCAAUCACCUCCACACCCUGCCAGUAUUCACAGUUGGCCAUGUUGGGUCUUUGUACCAAGUUUGGUCAAGAUCAGAUGUCAGCUGGGUUCAGAGCUUUCUGGAUGUAGGUGAACUCUAACUUCCAAAAUCAAUGUCAAUUCCACUACCCCCUCCAGUAUGUUCAGUUGGUUAUGGGGAUUCUCUGUGCCAAGUUUGGUCCUGAUCCCUUGUUGAUGGGGGGUCAUUGUUUCUCUGGAUGGAGGUGAACUAUAGCUCCCAAAAUCAAGGUCCAUUCCCACUACCCCCUGCAGUAUGUUCACUUGGUCAUGGGGCUUCUCUGUGCCAAAUUUGGUCCCAGUCUAUUGUUGGUAGGGGUCACAGUAUCAGUGAAGGUACUGCAAGUCCCAUCAUCCAUGGCCAGUGUGGUCCAGAUGUAUUGUUGGUUGGGUUAACAGUACUCUCUGGAUGUAGGCAAAGUACAACUCUUGUAAAUCAUGGUGUGAAUUUUCCCCAAACGUCUCUAAUAUAUUCAGUUGCUGAUCAAUUCCUCUGUUAACUGUGUGCCAUAGGAAAGGGUAGGAAAGAGUUAAGGUAGAGGUGGUGGGCGGGGUCAUGCAAAGUAAGGAACCUUGGGAUGUCCAUUCUGGAGGAGAAAACAGAACGUCUAGGAUGAGAUUGUCCCCGCAUGAAAGCUUUCACUUGCGCGGGGGACACAAUGGUGUUUGUGGAGGACACAGGCAGGGUUUGGGCUGCACGUUCAUGGCACUCACUAUAACCUGUAAAGUCAGGUGAGGAAAUGACUUGGUGGCUCCAUAGCAUUGGGAACUAUAGUCUGUUUGUGGAGGCAAGAGGCUGUCUGUGUGAGCAGACACUUGUGCCACAUACACACAUACAGAUUUUUCACUUUUAUUAUCUGUAUAUAAGGAUAGAAGAUAGAUGAUAGAUAGAUAGCUAGAUAUCAAAGAAUCUUCCAGUUAGCAUCACCAAUGGAAGUUCUAGCCCAAGAAAAAUAUCAUCUUCUAGCUGUGGGCUAUUGUCUAGAAAAGGUUUGGGGCAGAAACAGUGUGCAAUAGGCCCUAAUAUUCUCCUAAUAAGGAGUUAAGGUUCCUGUCUAUAUAUCUGGCCGUAGUGUUGCAGCCAGGAGUGGUGCUGAUGUGAUGUCAUGCUCAGCACAUGCAUUGUGAACUCUCUUUAUGUGUGAGCUAUGGCGUAGCAUUGUCAUCUAGUCAAGCAUUGCACAUCCAAUGUGUCGUUGAAGGCUUUUAUGGCCGGAAUCACAAGAUUGCUGUGUGUUUUCCGGGCUGUAUGGCCAUGUUCCAGAAGCAUUCACUCCUGACGUUUCGCCCACAUCUAUGGCAGGCAUCCUCAGAGGUUGUGAGGUAUAAGAUGUGGGUGUAACGUCAGGAGAGAAUACUUCAGGAACAUGGCCAUACGGCCUGGAAAACACACAAAAACAUUGCACAUCCAGUUACACUUUCUGAUACAGUGCUUAUUCACUACCAACUGGGAAUGUGCAAGCAGCAGCCACAUUCACGGGGAUGUACUUGGCUACACAACAUCAUCCUUCAGCACAAGGUGGCGCAGCUCGAGAGUUGCUUUGCGAUGAGUGCAGUUUUACUCUAUGGAUCCUUUAGUGAGAUAUCAGUUAGGUUGUCCCUUUCUAGACUGUCCUGUUCUUUAAAGAUACAGGAGGCGAUGUCUCUGUUCUAGUUAAGACAAUGACCGGAACUCUGUUGUCGUCAGUGACCUUUAUGUGUGAGGUUUUACUCUGGGACAAUUGCACAAUGGCCGUAUUAAUUCACAGCUACCCAUUGGCAUGGAAGGGUUGACUUGCAUCAGUGACCUUUCUGCAUUUGCUUUGCAGUUUGAGGCUGGGAAAAGAGAGGAGGAAUGAGAAGAGUCAGGGCAACAAAUGCCUCUGUUGCUGACCUGUGUGCAUGAGUUCCCAUUGUGAUUAGAGAGGAGGUUUGUGGAAGAAGCCAAGAAAGGCUGCAGGAGGCAGCAGCUCAAAGAGGGAAAGGGAGAAGACACGGGGCUUCUUCCACCAUGCCGCCAUUGCGUCGUCCUCGCUUUCUAGUGAGUGAACAUCAGAAAAGUCAAGGUCGAAAGCAGUGCAAAGGGUUUGGCAACUGUUCUGACGACCAAAUCUCCAUCACUUUAUCUUUAACCAGCGAAGAAAGGUCUCUUGCUUCCAGUGUGGAAUCCUAUUCAGGUCUCUCUGAGUUCUCCUUCAGCAGCUCAGAGUAUAGCAGCACAGAAUCCAUCAUAGUCAGCAGAAGGCGCAAGAAAAAGGCACAGAGAAAGCAGAGAAGAAGCAGGUCCAAGCGCAUCAUGUGCAAACAAGGUGGAUGCAACGAGGCCCAGCAGGCCCUAUUUGAAGCCAUGCCAAUUCCCUUUAUGGAGGAGGAGGUGAUCGCAAAAUUAGAGUCUCACUGCAUGGUCAAGAGAACACAGCACCUGAUGGGACUGCCCUCGACUCUGCUCCGGUCCCUCAGGACCUUCAUGCCUCCUGCUCCAGACCUUGCUUCCCGGCGUCGUCGGAAAGAAACAGAAGUAUUACUGAGGGUUAAGGCUCCCUCCUUUCUGGCAAAGGAGACCAUGAAUAAACUGGAGCGGCACUUGAAGAAAAUGAUUCUGCAGAAGGCUUGGCGGCUGCCAGGAACUGUGCAAGAGGCUGUCCGGCACUUUGAGUCCAGGGAGGAGAAGGCUCCUUGGACCAUCUCUGUUCAGGACAGAAGGGAAAGACUGUCCACCAGAUCUGAAACCCUGGACUCCAAGACCGCUUGGGCUUGUAGAGGACACCUCCAGGCCCAUAUGAUGAAGACAUCCAUCUCAAUGAGACAAGAGUACCUCCCUGUGCAGAUCGAUGCAGGAUGCAGGCACCUGCUCCUGCCCAGGCUUAUUCCCCCCGGUCAGAGCUACCUUCAGCAGAGGAGCAGCCUGUGCGUGAGCCUUCGGGGGAAAGCGGAUAUUGUGGAGAUGAACAUCAAGUGCAAACGCCUUCACUUCUUGUGGGGUCUCCCAACCAUCCAGAUGCAGUCCCUGGCCAAGAUGGUGCCCAGACCCCCUCUUCUCCCAGCUACAUGGCCCUCUCGGGCACCUACCCACCGUGAGUUUCGCCGCAUCGAACCCUCCUUCAUAGCCCCCAAAGAGAGGCAGGAUUUGGAGGACCAUGUCCUCAGGAAGAGGCUCCAGCACCUCUGGGGACAGCCUGGCCUCGUUCAAAGGUCUCUGAAGAGGCUCCUGUUGCCUGUCCCGGCAUCAUGGCCCCGCUCGGCCCCCAUGACUACUGCCCAGUGGGAAAUGCAGAUAGGCAUUAGCAUCAUUGACAUCCCUUUCAUCCAGCGGGAAGUGAAGGGACGCCUUGAGGUCCACCUCAGAAGGAAGAUUAUAGAGAGGUAUUGGGGUCGACCCAGGAGAGUAUUGGAGGCCCUGAAGAUGUUCUCCCCCAUCUCUCCUCCACCCAUGAAGGGAUUCAGAGAGGAUGGAGGGAGCUUUGUGUUAACUCGGCAAAGCUCCAUGAAGAUGUCUUCCCUAACAAUGCAGAGAUUUUCUCAGAAGCCUGCAGCCCCUUCAAUGAAACCCUGGGAAAGGAAGAUACUCGAAGUCCACUUGGCCAAGAAGGCUGUGGAGAUCCAGCUGGGCAGAAUUCCUCUGGCAGCACAGCAACCUUGCAAAGAAGCCCCUCGGGCGCUCCCCAAAAGAAUUCCUCCUAGAAGGAGGUCUCUGCAGCCAAGGUCCCGGGAGCUCCUCUUUGUGGACCGGGCCGCGCUGGACCGCAUCCAGCUUAACAUUGUGCACAAAGAGGUGGCCUACCGAUGGGGGCUGCCUACCAUAUACCACAAGUCCCUUGCCCAACUGCUCCAGGGUGCUGCCUUCCCAGUGACCUUUGGCACUCUCUUCCCCAGAAGGCAGGGCAGGCCCAGCUUCACUGCCCGGGAGACCCCUUUCAUUAAUGCGGAAUCCCGGAAUCUUUUGGAGCAGCAUGUGAGGAGCAAGGCCUUGCAACACACAUGGGGCCUCCCAAGGCUAAUCCAGAGAUCUCUCCGGCGCCUCCUUCCAGACACUGCCCGUAUUUGCCCCCAGAAGACCAAAUACAGGGAACGGGUGGCUGUUCGCCUGACUGAGCUCUCCUUCAUCAGCAAAGACACUCAAGCCUUGCUGGAGAAAAACGUGGCCCAGAGGGUCAUCCAUAAGCAGUGGGGUUUGCCCACAAGGGUCCUCAAUUCACUCAGGUUGCUGUUCCCAGAAACCAGAAGAAGCACCUUCCUUGAAGGGAGGAGGAUUGGGGAUGCAGCCUUACAUCAGACCAGGUGUUGCCACAGACUAAAGGAUGCAGUCUUGGCGACCUUGAGGUGCCAUUUGACGAAGAAGUCUUUGGAAAUCCAUCUGGGAUCUUUCCCUCUCAUCAUCACCAUCUCCUGGCAAUGCACUUUGAUGACCCUGAGGCGGUCUCUUCCGAAGCUCAUUCGUCCUGGGGUUAGGCCACUGGAACCUCGUAUCCCCUCCCACUUAUUCGGCCUACAGGAGAUGGGCAGGAUUGAAUUAAAUGUACGGUGUAGACGCUUGGAGUCCCUCUGGGGACUGGGGACAAAGUAUGUCAAGGCUAUUGCUGGGAUGGAGGCACCCAGGAUGCCUUUUGCUCCACUCCGGACAAGAGGAGCCAUCCUUGAAUUUGAAGGCACAGAAAUACGCUUCCUACAGAGGACCUCCAAGGAGAUUAUAGAACAACAUGUGAAGAAGAAGAGGGUGCAGCACGAGUGGGGACUUCCUACUCUUGUGCAAAGAUCUCUCCGGGGCCUUAUGCAAGAAACGCCCUCCAUGCCUCAUGGUCCUAAGACUUUAACUCAAACCUUUGUGACAUCAAAGGAGCUGCUUUUCCUGCCAAAGCGUGUCUGCCACCACCUGGAGAUCCACAUCCAGAAAAUGAAGCUGCAGCACCACUGGGGUCUACCCCAGAGAAUCCUCGAAGCUACCAAAACCUUCCUCCCUCUUUCUCCCCCAAGAAGGGCUCCAAUUCCUCAGAAGAUCAAGAGAAAGGAGUCAGUGAAGGCAGUGUCCCGCAUCAGAGAAGAGAAGGUGGACCAUGGAAGGUGGACACUGGACAACAAGAAACCCCUGCAAAGCCAAAGCAGUCUGCAUGACCGCUUGAGGAGGAGUCCUCUUGAGACCCAUCUGAAGAAGAAGGCUUUGAAUGUUGAAUUCCAGUCUAGGAGAUUUGCUGAGUCUCCCAGGCAAGGCCUUCUCCCAAAGCCUGCCUUGGUUUCUUCAGAACGAAGGCCCAGAAGGUCUUCCUUGUAUUCUAUGGAACAGGAAGCUCUGAGGAAGAUCCAGCUAAACAUCAAGCAAAAGCACCUAACCAGCCUUUGGGGCCUUCCCACUGUAUACAGAGAGUCCAUGACUGAGAUGUUUGGAGGAGAUCCAGAGCGGCCCUGGCCUCAUAGGACCAUAGCAAUAAGAGCAUCAUCUAAGGUAUCCAUAUAUCAAAAGAAAGGGACAGCAUACUCCACAAUCUCAGAAGUAACAGGCCGUGAGUCCUCUAAGCGAGGGCCAGCUUUCAUCCCAAGAAAGGCCCAGGAUCUUCUGGAAAUGCAUGUCCAACGUAAGAAGCUGCAACAUCAGUGGGGUUUGCCAGUCACUGUUCAAAAAUCCCUUCGUGCAUUAGUUCCAGCUCCCCCAGAAGCAGAAAGGUCUUUUCUGAGACCGAGCCAUGCCGCCUCGUUCCCUCGGGAUGAAGUAACAUGGAGGACAAGUGUUUUUAAGAGCAUGCCCUUUGAUCCUGAAAUGACAAGGACCCUGGAGUCUCAUGUGAAGAGCCGGAGCACAUCACACAAGUGGCACCUUCCUUCACGGGUGCAGGACUCCCUGAAGGCCUUUCUGCCUCCUGCCUCAUUCCCCCAAGAUAAAAGGGCCAUUGCUCGAUCCCAGCUCCCCUGGCCCCUCGCCCAAUCCAGGAUAGGAGCCACCGCAAAGCCAAAGGAGACCGUCCGGCAAAGGACACCAUGUGCAACUGCACAACCCAGCCUUGGAAGGGUAACCUUUACUUGUUCCGAGGAGAAGCCCUCUUUCCUCACGGAAGAAGCCUGGAACCUUCUGGAGUUCCAUGUUGUGCACAAGAGGAUCCAGCAUGCCUGGGCCCUGCCGUCCUGUGUGGUGAGGUCCCUGCGCCAUUUUGCUCCAUUUCCACAUCUUCCAGAGAGAGAGGCAAAAAAAAGUACGAGCAAAACAAAGCCAUGGGAGAGGACAGAAGUGAAAGCCAUCCUCCAGAACUAUGUUUCCCUCAGCCCCAAGAGGAAGGACUUCUUGGAAGCUCAUGUGACAAGCAUGGUUGCAAAACACAGAUGGGAGAUUCCAAGGCAGAUGCAGAAGUCAACAAAAGGGUUUAUGCCUCCCAGACCCCCUUCCAGAUCCAAGCAGGAUCCAUCACUUCCUUUCACGUGGGAUAAGUCCAAAACUUUCCAAGUGGCAACAGAUGAUUCCCAAACAGAAGGUGAGAAGGAAUACACACCAAGAAAGGCCAAGUCUAGGAGGUCAAAGAGAAAGCAAGAUGCCUCCUCUCAAAGGACAAGACCCUUGAGCGAUAAAGGAUCUGCUUCCUUAAGACCUGAGGCAAAUCUGCCUUUCUUGUCGGCCAAGGCUAGAGAUUUUCUGGAGUUCCACAUUCUACACAAGAGAAUCCAACACACCUGGGGUCUUCCCUCCAAGGUGAUGCAGUCCCUGCAUAUGUUCUCCCCAAUUCCUCUCAAGAAGGAGAAAUUCGCCGGACACCGUGUGGCCAUGGCACGUUCACAGGAGAGAGAAGAAGUAAAGAUUGUGCCUUCAAGUCUCUCUUUCCUCAGCUCUAAAGCACAGGAGCGUUUGAGUGCCCACCUGAGGCAUACGAUCGCAGAACACAGGUGGGGCCUCCCGGAACGGGCUCAGAAGUCUGUGAAGGCAUUUCAGUCUCUAAGAGAUCCUCCUCGAUCUAGGAUUGAUUCACCACAUCCUCUCUUUUACUGCCAGUAUAAGUCCGUCAAGAGGGCUACGGAUGACUUCCAGUAUAAAGAUACAGAAGCGCUGCAAGAGAAAUUCCAUCAUAAAAGACAUCCAGCAACAGCUGCUUCUGGACAUGUUGAAGGAAGAACUUCCUCAAACAUCAGGGUGAACACUCAAUUUUUCAGCAUUGAGGUCUGGAACCUUCUGGAGUUCCACAUUCUACACAAGAGAAUCCAACACACCUGGGGUAUUCCUUCCAAGGUAAUGCAGUCCCUGCAUAUAUUCUCCCCAUUUCCUCAGAAAGAGAAGAAAUACGCAGAACAGAGUGUGGACAAGACGCGCAUACAGGAGAGAGGAGAAGUACGGGUAAUGGUUCCAAGUCUCUCUUUCCUCUGCUCUGAUACAGAAAGGCGCUUAGAUGUCCACCUGAGCCAUAAGGUUGCAGAGCACAAGUGGGGCCUUCCAAAACGGGCUCAGCAGUCCCUGCGUGCUUUUGCCCCACGUCCUCCCCAACCACAGGGAAGUGACAAAGCUAGAAGAGCACCACAAGCUACUUCUGGGAAUUUAGUGACAUCAGGAGAGGUUGGUGGUACUGUCCAGUUAUCAGAAUCAGCAGAAGACCUUCUGAUCCCACCUUGCCUCCUACAUUUUUUGAAUGCAGAAAUGCGGAAUAGCCUGAAAGAGCAUGUGAGUAAGUGGGUCAUGGAAUACAAAUGGUUACUUCCCAAGCAGAUUCAGGCCGUGUUGGAGGUUGUGCAUUCUCCUUCUCAUCAGAAAUCCUGCACGGAAGGAAGACAGCAUCAUUCCAAGAGAAAGGGAGAGUCACGGCCCCUUGUCCAAUCCAGGAAAGGAACCACCGUGAAGCAAAAGGAGACCACCCGGCAAAGGGCACGAGGAAGAGCUGCACAACCCGGCUCUGGAGGGGUAGCCUUCCAUUGUCCUGAGAAGAAGCCCUCUUUCCUCACGGAAGAAGCCUGGAACAGUCUGGAAUUCCAUGUUGCGCACAAGAGAAUCCAACAUACAUGGGGUCUUCCCUCCAAGGUGACACAGUCCUUGAAUGUGUUCUCUCCAUUUCGUCUCAAGAAGAAAGAGCACACAGGACAGAAUGUGGGCAAGGCACGCUCACAGGAGAGAGGAGAUGUGAAGAUUGUGACUCCGAAUCUCCAUUUCCUUUGUGCUGAAACACAAACGCGCCUGAAUUCUCAACUGAGCCGUAAGAUUGCGGAGCACAAGUGGGGCCUUACAGAACGGGCUCAGAAGUCCCUGAAGGCAUUUCAGCCUCCAAGAACAGAAACCUCUCAAGAAGAUGAUGAAGGAACAACUUGUGCCAGUGCUGAUACUGGUUAUGAACAAGGUUCUGCAAUGUCAGAUGCUUCAUUUCCAAUAGAUGCAGAAAAGAAAUGGAGCUCCAGUCCAGAAGAACAGAGCAUCUACCAGAUGGAGACAUUUGGUGAAAUAGGCCAGGACAGACGGGAGCUUGUUUGGCUGGGCGCUGAAGAGCCUUGCUUCUCUUCUGACACUGAAAGCACCCAAGUCAGAGCAAGCCAAGGUACAAGAGUCAGCUGGAAGACUGAGAAUGAAAUCUCCGAACCAAGCGAACUCCAGGAGAAAUCUGUCUUGGAUUUCCAUCUCAAGAGAACCUCUCAAGGGCAGUCUCAGCUUUCAUCUGGAACCUACAGCUCAUCUGAGAGCCGAUCCAGCUCUCUGGAUGUAAAAUACAAAACUCUAACAAGAGCUGGGAGCACAGCAUCAAUCUCUUACCUUUCCAAGAGAUCAGAAAAGAGUAACACAAGGAUCGAAGAAAUGGUGGAUGAUAGACACCACCCAGUUGGGCUGUGGCAACCACUUGGACCAUCGACAUCAAAAGACAUAAAAGACAUUGGGGAGACAGAACAAUCUGAUCAGGCCCCUGAGUGUUCUUGUUCGUGCCAGUCGUCAGCUUCCAGGAAAGACUCUGUCCUUUCUUUACCAUCAAGUGUAGAACAAACCUGGCAGUGGGAGCAGCAAGAGGAUAUCCAGGGAAAGGUUGAGUGGACAACGGCUUCCUCUUCUCUGCCAUCAAAGCCUCCCAGUCAGCAGAGUUCUCUUUCCUCCCUAGAAGAGGGCAGGAGGGCUCUUUGGCUUUCAGGGCAAGGCAGAGCAUCAAAGACCCCAUCCAGCUCCCUGCAGGUCGAAUGCACAACGAUGACCUUUGCAGAGAGAAAAGAAUCCAUAUCUUGGUUUUCCAAGAGGUCAGAAAGGAGUAACAAAAAGCCCUUUGAAGCCCAACAGGACAUGGCUUCCAAUCACGAAUACACAGAUCUUGUCCUCCUGCCACCUCCUCAUGUUGAGUCUCAGUCUUCCUAUGAGGAUUGCGUAGGGAGGAACUACCAGAGGGGAAGGAGCGAGAAGCGUGAACAACCAAGCACCCGGCAAAGACAAAGGAGAGGGAGCAGACUUCGGUGGAGCCGAGUGAGGGGGAAGGCAUCACCCUGCCAAAUCCUGGGAGACUUUGCCACAACUUUGGAGACAGGGCCCCCAGCAUCUCCUCCAGCCAGAGAACAAGCAGAAGGGUCCUGUGAAUCUGCUUCCAAAGAGAUAUGCUCUUCCAAGUCUCCCCAAGGUCCGGAAGGAAACAAGGUCUCCAUCCAGGAGCAACCGCUCCAAGGAGGCAUCCAAGCUUCUGAGGGAGAUGAAUUGGUCAAAAACAAGACAGAAAACCCUGAAGCCAGGACACCAAGUAAAAGAGGAGCUGGAAUUAUUGGGGGAAAGAAGGAGGAAGAGAUGCCACUGAGUCCAAGGGAAGAACAUCACUGUGGACUCCCUUUGUUUUGUGGGGAGCAAAGCAAACAAGAUCUCCUUGGAGGAAAACAAACAGAAAAGAGCACAUCUGAGGGACACGGAUCCAUCGCUGCCAUAGGUCCCAUUGAUGACCAAGUGGCCGUCAUUGCUGCAGCCCUGGAGAAGAAACUGAACCUUGGGGAAAAGCUAAUGAUAUGGCAAAAGUACUGUGAAUUUAAACGUCUGGAGGGCAAAGAAGCUAAAAAACCCGAGUACCGCCCUCAACUCACACACAGUUGGGGUGCCAAGGACCAGAAAGCCUCCAUCACGGCUGCAAAGCCAGAGAAGAAGAAGCCAAACUGUCCCGAGAGGAUGAGAAACUGGUGGAAGAGCCUGACAAUUUCAAGUCUGAAGACCAAAAGAUCUGGAACUUAGCAGAAAUAGGAGGAAGAACACUUUGUAAGACAUAUUUAAGAAUAUAGUAUUUUUAGUUUCUCCAUGGUAGGACUUCAUGUCAGGAUCUCUAUUCUUAGCCACAGGUGGCUCCAAUCUCCUCCUUCUCCACACUUUCCCCAACAUAGUUUAGAAAUUUCAUUAUUGGUCCUAUGUAGUUUGAGUGAAUAAUAAACUUAUCUAUGCAUAAUUGCAAAAGUCUUUGCUCUCAGUUGUGUUGAAAUUGAUUUGGAUUUUCCAAAGUGGGUCCCAUUGUUUCUCUUCUAUUUUAAACUCCAGAUUUGGUUCCCAUAACAAUCCAUGUAACGUUCCAAAUUUUACUUCCUGAAUUAUCCAACGUACUGUAUAUACUCGAGUAUAAGCCUAGUUUUUCAGCCCUUUUUUAGGGCUGAAAAAGCUCUCCUCAGCUUAUACUCGAAUGAGGGUCCUGGCUGGCUUCUAUUCAGUAUACAAGUAUUCAGAGUUGGACAGUCUUAUCUUAUUAAAGCCUUAUUAUUAUCUUAAAUUACAGUUUUAUAUAAAUAUUCAAAAACAUUUAACCUACUGAUGCCUCAAAUAAUGCAAUUUUAUUAAUAUCUAUUUUAUUUUUGAAAUUGACCCAUAGCUGCUGCAUUUCCCACCCUCGUCUUAUACUCGAGUCAAUAAGUUUUCCCAGUUUUUGUGGUAAAAUUAGGUGCCUUGGCUUAUAUUUGGGUUGGCUUAUACUCGAGUAUAUACGGGUAGUUUUGAAACUUGCCCUUUGGUUUGAUUUCAUUGAUCACUACAAAUUGAUUCAAAUAAUAUUAAAGCUCUCGGGGAGUGUGGGUGUCCUUUUCUGAUUAUAGUUAUCUGAAAUGUAUUUUAUUUCUAUUAAUUGAACCCGAGAUGAAUUAAUUGGCUUUAUUUAUUCAUUGUUCCACUUGAGUGGGUUUUCCUGAUAAAAAUAAAUCAUUCAUUGUAUACAUCCCUUUCUCUUCCCAUCCCUAAAACUGACUAUAUUUAUCUUCAGGUUUUAAAAAUGGGUGUUCUAAAACUGGGGAGAGCGGUUGAGGUUGAGAUUCAGUUAACCGCCAAAAAAGUGGACCGAGAGUCCAGUACAUGGUGCUACCCUGAAGAUCAGAGGCAACAGGAACAGAGGUUGGUUGCUUUCAGGCCUGAAAGGAUGUCUGAUACAGAGUCUGCACUCAAAAGGAUCAGACAUAAAGCAUGCAGUACAUGACGGCUGUUGGGAAUUGUGGGAGUUGAAGUCCGAAAGGGCCUAAGUUUGCCUAUGCUUGUUCUAGCCUCUUCACUUGUUCAAUGAGAACUUUUCAGCUGCUCCCUCUAAAUCCAAACCUUAUGACUUCUCUUUUUUUAUACAGUAACAUGAUUGAGAGAUGAAGGGAAUGCUGUGGAUAUAAUAUAUUAGUUAGAUCUAAGAUUCCCCAUGAACCGUCGGGUGUGCUUUCAAUGCAGUUUUCCUGCUUCUUGGCAGGAGGUUGGACUGGAUGGUCCACGAGGUCUCUUCCAACUCUAUGAGUCUAAGCUUCUAUGAUACCGACAAAGAAGCUAGUAAAAUAUUUAUUUAUUUAUUUUUCAAACUUAUAUGCCGCCACUCCCCUAGGGCUCGGGGCGGCUUACAAGAACCGGCUAAAACAACAAUUUAAAAACAUCUUAAAAACAUCUUUAAAACAUCUUUUUUAAAAAAUAUUAAGAACAUCCUAAAAGCACCUUUUAAAAUAUCAACAGAACUCAAAAGCCUGCCGAAACAGGUGUGUCUUACAUGCCCUGCGGAAGGCCGACAAGUCCCGCAAGGCACGAAAUUCAGGUGGGAAGGUGUUCCACAGAGAUGGUGCCACUACUGAAAAGGCUCUGCGUCUAGUUGCUGUUAGACGCAAGGUCUUAAAACUGGGAACUUCCAACAGGUCUUGGUCCUCAGAACGGAGGGAUCUCUGGGGUUUGUAGGGGGUGAGGCGGUCCCUCAGGUACAUCGGCCCUGGACCAUGUAAGGCCUUGAAGAUAAGCACCAUCACUUUGAAAGUGAUCCGGUGCUCAAUUGGUAAACAGUGCAGCUGCCGUAAGAUUGGUGUUAUGUGGCAUCUUAUCGGGACUCCCGCAAGGAGCCAGGCAGCUGCAUUUUGCACCAAUUUGAGCUUCCGGAUCACCGACACAGGAAGGCCAAUGUAAAGGGCGUUACAUUAAUCCAGUCUCGAGAUGACCGUAGCCUGGAUCACCGUAGCCAGGUUGUCCCUAGACAGAUAGGGGUCUGGCCGUCUAGCCUGCCGAAGAUGAAAAAAGGCGGUUUUGCUAACGGCAGAGACCUGGGCCUCCAUCGUCAGUGAAGGGUCCAAGAGGACUCCCAGAGGCAAUGCUGCUAUGAGGUGGACGGGGAACUGGUUGACUGGCUGAACCCAAAGGGGAUUUCUGUCCAUUGGCUUCUCCUUCCUCCUGGAGAGAAGUGACCAGUGGGCACCACAAGGGUCUGUCCUGAGCCUUUUGGGGCUAUUCAAUAUUUUAUCAGUGACUUGGAUAAUGUCAUAGAAGGCACACUGUUGUAGCCCAGCCUGCUCCUGAGCUGCCAGGGGAGCCUGAGGUUGGGCCUAUUCAGCCUGCGAUUGUCCCUGAUCCUGACUCUGUGAUGGUUCCUGCACCUGACUUCUGGGUUUGGGCCUGAGGUUCCUAUGCAGCUAGAGUUGGGGAAACUGCUGUCCCAGGCCAGUCAGAGUUUGGCUUGGAGAAUGCUGGAAACAGGCAGACAAUGGUUUCAAGCCAGCAACUUCAAUUGCAUUCCUUGAAGGAGUCAAGGUCGGGCUUUCCUUUGCCAGAUGGGCAUUCUAGUGAGGAUUCUAGUUGUGAUAAAGCUGCUAAUGGGCUUGACAGAAAGAAAGCAAUUUAUCAGCAGAGAAGAGAAAGGGAGGGUUUUCGCCGCAGCCGGAGACUGUUAUUGGGAAAGAAUAACGAGCAGACUUCCCGCGGAAAGAGGCCUUGAGUUUACCUUUAAGAGGAACUGUGUUCUGUGAGAAAUUCAGAGGUGGUAACUUUGCUCGAGUUAGAGAUCCCUGCUUUAUGCUCCAUGUUCCUGUAAACUUUCAUGUCAAUUCAUGCAGCCUUGUGCCUUGAGUCUUGUUCCAGUCUUGUCUUUGGUUUUGGAGAUUUUUGAAUGUCCAGUUAGUGUUCCAGCAGUUUGCAGUUGGAUUACUGCUCCAGUCAAGAUCCUGCCUUGUGUUCCAGCAUUUAUUCUGUUCUUUGGACUAAUCUUGGAGAUUUGUUUCCUACGCUCUGGUUUGCCUUAGAUUAAUUUUGAUACCUUGUUUGGAUUAGUUUUGAUAUCCUGUUUGGAUAUUCUGUGUGACUUUUAUAGACUUCAAGAUUCUCAAGUAUUUUGUACCUUGUGAAUUUAAACCUUAUUUCAUUGACUUUGGACAUCAAUUUGCUAUUACUUGCAUAUAAUCUUCAAUAAACAGCUUGCUUUGCUUAUA